ACAACUAUAGCAAUGGCUAAUCAUGCCCUUUUGGAAGAAACUAAGGAGGUUAAUCAGCAACUUACUGACACUAUAGUAGACAUAAGCGAUGAAGAAGUUGACCCAACUGCAGCAGCUGCUGCUGAAGGAGCAGAAGGGACCAUUUUCAAAUGUUCUUUUAGUACUGUGGCUCUCAGCCCAAGCUUAAAAUCCCAAUAUGCUUCAGCACAGAUGUCACCAAUUCAACCCCUGCGCUUAAUUGUGCCUACAAAUCAUCCUAAUUGUUUCCCCUACUACUUGACAAGUUUCCAGUUGAAUCCAGGUACCCAGAGUAGUGGUGAUGCUUCUAGGGGCAAGGCCCCCGCAUUGGAGUAGUUGAUGAUGCAGCUGAUGAUUUUAUAUUAUGUUUAGAUUUGAUGUUGGCAUGUAGACUUGUUAACAUGCUUAAUUAUUUUAUGGAGAUUAUUGUAUGUAUUUAUUUAGGCUCAUGAUAGUAUUCUUAGAGCCAUGGAUUAUUUACUGAUACU